AUGGUUGCUCUUGUUCAACGCCCUGCACCUUCCUUCAAGGCUGAGGCCGUCGUUGAGGGUCUCUUUGUCGAUGUUUCUUUGGAACAAUACCUUGGUCAAUGGGUUGUACUCUUGUUUUACCCAAUGGACUUCACCUUUGUCUGCCCAACCGAAAUCCUCGCUUUCAACGAUGCCCUUCCUCAAUUCAAGGCGCUCAACACCACCGUUUUGGGAAUCUCAACCGACUCCAAGUUCUCCCACUUCGCCUGGUCCACACAGACCCGCAAGGAGGGUGGCCUCGGCCCUGAACUCCACCUUCCCCUCGUCGCCGACCGGAACAUGAAGAUUUCGCGCGACUACGGCGUCCUCAUCGAAGACGAAGGCAUUGCUCUCCGUGGUCUCUUCAUCAUCGACCCCAAAGGUACCCUUAGACAGAUCACCGUCAACGAUCUCCCUGUCGGCCGUUCUGUCGAUGAAACCAUCCGUCUCAUCAAGGCCUUCCAAUUCACGGACACCCAUGGUGAAGUUUGCCCCGCCAACUGGGUCGAGGGCUCCAAGACUAUCAAGGCCGACCCUCACGCCAAACUCGAGUACUUCACCACCAUCAACGGGGCUACCAACGGCCAUACCAACGGAGAAGUCAACGGUUCUUCCAAGAAACGAACACGUGUAGAGUAA